GAGAGCGAUCUACAGCCACGGACGUCGCCUUGCAGCAGCGUCUGCCGCCUCUGAAAGAAUUCGUAGGCGCAGACGGAGACUGGGGCGGCUUCAAGAGACGGUUCAUCGCUCAUCAGGAGAUGGCGAACUGGACGGACGCCGAGGCUCUACGCGCGCUGCCAGCGAUGCUGGACAACGACGCCCUGGCUACCCUCACCUCGGCGCCGAGGGAAAAGCGCGCCACCCUACACCUGGCGUUGCAGCUGCUGUCAGCCGUCUAUGGGCCGCCUUCGGACUGCAGGCAGCUUUUCCACGAUCGGCGUCGGGGCACCAACGAAUCACCUCUGGCCUUCCGGACUGCUCUCCUGGCUCUAGCGAAGGCUGCUUUCCCAAGGAUGGACGAGGAAGGAGUGGAUGCCAUGGUGGCUGAGAAGCUGCUGCUACUCGCUGAUGAGCUGGACGUCAACGUCCUGGCUCAAGACGACUCAGAGAUGUCGUCCCUGCUGGUCGCGCGCCACAUCCACGGGGGCUUGCGGUCCCUUCGUCGAAAGGCGGCAAAGGGGGCGGCCAGCCAUGCCAUGGCGGCUACCGCCCUCCCAUCGGAGGAGGUCUGCGGGGUGGAGCGGCGAGGGGAAUGGAGAGCGGCAGUACCACAGGCUCGGAAUGGACCGAGCCGCCAGGAGCAGCCCAGGACAUCGGGGGCGCUCACACGCUGCUACAACUGUGGCCUGCAAGGCCACGUUGCGUCAGGAUGCCGGGCUCCCCGUCAGCGCGGGGCGACACCUCGUCAGGACGCCACGCCGUCUCCUCCCAAGCUCCAGCAGAGAAAUACGGUGAAACAGGAGUGACGGGCCCACGCCCACCAACCCCUCCCGGAGGGGUCGGGGGUCACUCGGCAGCGGAGCCUGACCCUCUUGCACCCGGACCGUCAACAACCGUCACUGAGCGUGCCGGGACGGGCCCUUGUGACGGACCCGCCGCGAGAACGCGCGCCAAAACGCGCAGACUUUUGUGAGGUCGGCCGUUGGGGGGCCUUGCGGACAAAAGGGGAGGGGUGUUGUGAGGUCGGCCGU